AUGUCGUCGAUCAGCGUGGCAACCUUACUCUUUAACAAUUCGGAGUUCAACUUCGAGAACAGCAUCAUUCGACCAAACGGCAACCUUCUUGUCACCACCAUAACCAGCGGGAUUCUUCUAGAUAUCGAUAUUCAAUCAGAAAGCUCAUCUAGCACAGUCGUGGCCACAUUUGGAGACUAUGGUAUCUUGGGCAUUGACUCCGUCGGCCAAGAUAAGUAUGCAAUCGCAGCUGGUAUCCCAAGCUCAGGCCUCUCUCCUUGGAGCAACGGAACCGUGUAUACCAUCGAUUUGAGCAACGAGCAGAGUCCAGAAAUUAAAAUCGCCGCCAGCAUCGAGGCUAACCUCCCAGAUGGCUUGGUGACUGUCCCCACUCACCCUGAUAUUGUCCUUGUCUCUGAUGCCCUCGCUGGGACGGUCAUUAGAGUGAACAUUACCAGCGGAGAGUCAGAAAUCACGCUGCAAGAUGAUCUUCUAGUUGGAAAUCCCGGUGUGAACGGGCUCAAGAUUCUCGAUAACUAUGUGUACUUUGUCAACACGGACACUAGUUACUAUGGGAAAUUCGCCAUUUCUGAAGACGGUCAGAAGUCUGGGGACAUCCAGGUCAUCUCCACCGAUGCCAGUUCGGACGACUUUGCUCUUGACAAACAUGGAAUCGCAUAUAUAGGGCCGCAACGGAACCCCAGCGUGGUCAGAGUGUUUCCCAAUGGCACCGCGACCCAGAUUGCGCAGAAUGCAGAAAUGGGGCGGCCGUGCUCAUUGACCCUGGCGGGAGACGGGGUAUCAGGAUACGUGACAACCGCCGAAGGCCAGAUUUUCAAGUUUGAGGUUCCUGCUUAG